CGGGCAGUCGGAGCACUCGCUCAAUUGUGUUCAGUUCGUUCGAAGAGACGGUUACGGUUGAUAUUUUCAUUUUGGCCCUUCCGAAAGUGAACCGACAGCAGCGGAAUGAGCGGUCCCUCGGGAUUGAUGGCCAACCUGGCCGAAGUGGUAAAGGAGGCCAAGGACGAGGAGAUCCAAAUGCCCAAGUCGAACGACUUCUUCGAGUCGAAGACCUUCCGCCUGCUCACUCUGAUACUCUACAUGGGCGGGGUGAGCGGCAUGGGUCUGACCCUGGCGGUGUACUACCUAUUCAUCUGGGACUCGCGCAUGCCGCCACUGCCCGUGUUCAAGCACACGCAUCCAAUUGGCUAGGAUCAUGGCCAAAAGCAGCCAGCACUCUCCCAUCGACAUUUGCGACCAGAUUCGGAUAAAAUUGUGAUACCCGAAAAAAUUGCCAUUCGCCUCCUAAACUCAUCGGAAGUGACCGCGGAGCAGUUCUACAAGCACAUCCUCGAGCAGUACCGCAUCCUCAACCACAUG